AGCACCAUGGCCGAACAGCACCAGCAGCAACAUGCCCCCGGAGGCCACUAUUCAGGUCAUAAUCCUGUCCCUACCGUGAAGAAGUUCAUCGAGAACCUGGACAAGGACAAGGUCGAUAGAGAUCGCAGAAUUGAUCAGCAGGCCAAGACGAAUAAGACUAAAGAUCCAAAUGCUAUUCCUGCGUCGUUAGCAACUGCCAAUGGCGAGGCCGUGCCCCACAGACCGCAAAAAGCGGGCAUUGAAGGUACUCAGAAAUCCGUCACGGAUCCUACUACUGGGAAGCAAGUCGUCAUUGAGGAUGUCGGCGCAUCCAUGCUGGACCAGGUCGAGAAUCCUACACUUUCCGUACCCAAUGCCAAUCUCGACAAAGAAACGCCUGUCAAAACAGAUCCAAGCCAACCGCUGGACGAAUACAAAUACAAUCAGGACAUCACAGCUCCACCUGACCCCGUCGCCGAAGGUACUACCUCAGACGUUCCAAUCCAUGGAGAAAAGACGAAUAUCCUCUUUCAUCCAACCCCGAGCGUUAGUUACGAACCAAUGUUCGAGACCCUGGAGAAGAGAGGCACCUUUUUGUCUGCAGCUAUCUUUGUGGCGACAGUCAUUGUAGGAAAAAUGUUUGGGGGUGCUCUCAAGGGGCUCAUACCAUUGGCCAUGUGUUUGUCCUCCGGUGUCUUUCUAUGGGUGAAAGAGGUCAUCAGGAGCGGUCGCGAGGUUGAAUGGCAUAGCGAAAAAACCAGGGGUCAACUGGCGACCGCCAAUCUGCUUCCAGAAUCCGUCGAGUGGAUGAAUACCCUGUUGUCGAUCGUCUGGGGUCUGGUCAAUCCUGACAUGUUUCAGGGUGUGGCCGACACUCUCGAAGAUGUUAUGCAGGCUUCUGUCCCUGGUAUCAUCGAGAACGUACGCGUUGCGGAAAUCAACCAGGGUUCCAAUCCUCUUCGUAUUCUCAGCUUACGGGCCCUACCUGAUGACCACAUGAAGGAGAUGAAGGACUCUAUUCAUGAGAAUAACAAGAAAACCAAGGACCCACAGGAAGCCGCUGCGGACGAAGAGGGAGGCGACUACUACAAUCUUGAAGUCUCUUUUGCUUAUCACGCAAAGCCGAGUGGAAAGCGAGCAUCUGACAAAGCGCGCAACAUGCACAUGCAGUUGGUUUUCUAUCUAGGCGUCAAAGGUCUCUUCGGCGUCCCCCUCCCCAUCUUUGUCGAACUUCAAGGUCUCGUUGGGACUGUCCGACUACGACUGAAUAUGACACCCGAAGCACCCUUCUUGAAGAAUCUGACCUUUACUUUGAUGGGCACUCCCCAGGUAGAAGCCGGUUGCAUUCCCAUGUUGGAGAAGGGCCCCAACAUUUUGAAUUUGCCUCUGAUCAGCAACUUCGUCAACUAUGCUAUCAAGGCUGCAGCAAGCAUGUAUGUUGCUCCUAAAUCCAUGUCUAUUGACAUGCGGGCUAUUCUUCAAGGAGACGGUAUCCAGAAGGAUGUUGAGGCUCUCGGUGUCCUGUGGAUCCGUAUCCAUCGCGCAAAGGGCCUCAGCAAGCAAGACCGUCGUGGUUCAGAGCACGGUGGAAGCGACCCUUACAUCACGCUAGCCUUCAGUAAAUACGGCAAGCCGAUGUAUUGUACCCGUGUUAUCACCGAUGAUCUGAAUCCCAUCUGGGAGGAAACUGCUGCACUACUUGUUACUCCGGAGUUGAUCAAAGCCGACGAAAACCUCAGCGUGGAGUUGUGGGAUUCUGAUCGACACACAGCCGAUGAUAUUGUAGGCAAGAUUGAGCUCUCGAUGCAGAAGAUGAUUCAACACCCCGGAAAGAUGUAUCCCCAGGUCUCUAAAUUGGCUGGUAUGGAUGCUGAUAGUGAGAUGCCGGGAGAGUUGCACUGGGAAGUCGGCUUCUUCGGAAAACCUCAAUUCCGCCCGGCUUUGAGGACCGACGGUAAGAAUCGCGCAUUGCCCGACGAACUCAAGGACAACCCGAAAUUGCAGGAUGAGAAGGGCGUCAUUAACAGUGAAGAGGAUGAUGCAGUAAUGCACACCCCCCCGGAUCCCUUGUGGCCAAGUGGGAUCUGCAGUAUCAUCGUCCACCAAAUUGUCAAUCUCGAGCUCGACAACGUCAAAGGCACUUCCGGUUCCCGGAAAGGCCGCGAGUUUGAGCCUGCAAAACCAUAUGGUGAAGCCACCGAGGAGGUUGGGGGUCAACUUCCAACAAGUUAUUGUACUAUUUUGUACAAUGAUGAGCUGGUCUACAAGACUCGCUCCAAAGCUGUGUCAUCGCAACCCAUCUUCAAUGCUGGUACGGAGCGAUUUCUUCGGGACUGGAGAUCGGGUAUUAUCACUGUCACUGUGCGAGACCAGCGUAAUCGUGAACACGAUCCCAUUCUAGGCGUCGUCCCACUCAAGCUUUCCGAUAUUUUGGAAACCUCCUCUCAAGUCACUCGUUGGUAUCCACUGGACGGUGGUAUCGGCUUUGGUCGUAUCCGAAUCUCUCUUCUUUUCCGUAGCAUCGAGACUCGUUUACCCCCACAAAUGCUUGGAUGGGAUGUCGGUACAUUUGAGUUCCGAUCGGAUCGCGUCCUUGCUGUAGGCUACAACCACCACCCUAAAAUCAAACUCAGGACCGGAGGAAGUACUGGAAAACUGGGUCGUUCUGCAGCAUACAAGCUUGCAGAAGGCGACGGAUAUUACUGGGACUUGAAGGAAAACAACGGCAAGAACAACGUCAGUCUGCCGGUCAAGUACCGUUACAGGUCUCCCAUCGUUUUCGAGUUCCACAUUCAGAAUAAGCGAAAGGCCGACGCAUAUGCAGUUGUUUGGCUACAGCACUUCAUUGACAACGAGGACGCGGAUAUCAACAUACCCAUCUGGACCACCAAGAACCCGGCCCGUCUUACCCAAAACUACAUUACCGAGGAUAACUGCCACAACGAGGUUGCUUUGGAAGACUUGAAGGAAGUUGGACGCCUGCAGUUCCGUGCGCGAUUCAAAGCUGGCACUGACGCGUCGCAUCAUGCAUUCAUUCACAACAACGAGACCCGCGAGACAUUUGAGACAUGGGAGGCGUGUAUGACUGAAGGCGUGCGUACCCACAAAGUCGAUAAGGAGCUGCCGGAGCGCGUUCAACAGCUACACGAGGAAAGCCUGACCCAGGGACGCGACAUUCUCAAGACAGCUGACGAAGAGGAAAAGAAAAAAUGGCUUGCCAAAGACGGAGCUGACUGGAGCGGCGCAUUUGGCCACGAUCCAAAGGCCUACAUGGAUACCAAAGGUCGCAAGCGCAGAGAACCCGGUGUCGAGGCACCACUGCACGAUCCCUUCCAUCCAUCCGAUGACGAAGACAAUGACGAUGAUGAGAAUGACACGGACUCGGAGUCUUCAUCCGACUUAGGCAUCAAAGAUGCAGAGACUGAUCAAAAUACGAAGGAAAAUAAUGGUAGUCUCAAGCAUCAACCUACCGAUCUGUCCCCCAGCGCGCCCCGCACAUCGCAAAGUACUGCACGGACGCACGGAACCACGGAUACAGAUGCCACUUCCUCGUCGACCAGCAGUAAAGACAUCAAUCGGCAGAACAAACGCGCCGAGGAGCGCAAACAGAGGGGUAUGAUGCAGUGGAAGCCAGCUAGAAAUGCACGCUUUGCCAAAGAUCAAGCUCAGCUUGGACUCAAGAAGUUGAAGAAGGUGGUGACCGGUAACAUGGAAGGAAGGCAGCCUGGUGUUGAGACUGAAACCGGCGCAUAG